AUUUGACGGAGGGGUUGGUCAGUAAUGACUUCAUCCCUUACAGUUGUGGGUGUGAGCUGUCGGUUUACAACAUCUGAUUUGCCAUCAAAUUAUUUAUUGUAAAGCACCAGUCAGCCCCAGCGUUCAAGAGAAGAGUUAACUCGCUGCUACUUGGGCAGUUUCUCUCUCCGUCUCUCAAAGUGGGACUUUUUUUUUUCCGCUUGGAGAAUUCAGAGCCGAAAAGUCUGGGGAGAAAUAAAGGAGUGAGAGAGGAGGGACUUAAUGUACACUGUCAAUCGGCCAGGAGCCAAUUCCGCUCGAAUUGAGGAGAGCUGAGAGCAAGGCACGGAUCUGAGUCCCAGCUAUUUCUUAACGCAGAGAGGGGAAACUGCAUGAGGAACUGUGUCAGUUAGCUUUGGAUGUAGCGCUGAACAUUGUACAUUUCUGUUCCGGCUUUGUAUGUGUAUGUGAGAGAGAGAGAGGGAGAGCUGGUGGAAGGAGUCUGUUGCAGAUGACGUGGACUAGCACUAUGAGCAGCGGGUACAGCAGUUUGGAAGAGGACUCUGAAGAGUAUUUCUUCACUGCAAGAACUUCCUUCUUCAAGAAGCCUCAAGUUAAACCCAAACCUGAUGAAGAAGUGGAAAAGGAAAGGGAGCCACAGAAAGUGCUUACAAAAGAAGAGAUCCGACAGAAGAUUGAAUCCUAUAACUCAAAUGCAACAGACAAGUUAAAAAUGACUCUGAAUCCAGAUGAUGUGUACACUGGCUUUAUCAAAGUUCAGAUGGACCUGCACAGGCCUAUCACCGUACGGUCCAUGAUAACACAUGGAGGCCAUCUGUAUAACAACAAUAACGAGACUGCCUUCUAUAUGCCCAAGGGCACUACAAACACCCUCCACAUCAGCAGCACCAAUACUGUGAAGGAAGUCAUCGAGGCUUUGCUGAAGAAGUUCAUGGUUGCUGAUAACCCUGCCAAGUUUGCUCUCUUCCAGCAGUCCCACAAUGAUGAGCAAGUCCACACGAGCAAACUGCUGAACAGUGAGCAUCCUCUUUACCUCCGCUUGCUUGCGGGACCUGGGGCUGAUGCUUUGAGUUUUGUACUCCGUGAGCAUGAGACUGGGGAAGUGCUGUGGGAAGCUUUCAGUCUCCCGGAGCUGCAGAACUUCCUGCGGAUAUUGGCGAAAGAGGAAGAAGAUCAGUUUCAGCACUUGAAGAGGCGCUAUAGAGAGUACAGAGCCAAGCUUGAAGAGGCCUUGAGAGCGACUGGGAAACCAGGUUAACUUGGCCGAGAGGAACAGCCUCGGAGGCAUGUUCAGAAUUAACAGGGCAUGCUUCAAACAUGCAAAUAUGACCAACAGGAGUGGCCUACAAAUCUGAAGACAUUGGCUUUGCACAAAAACCUAAAACCAUUGGAUCCAAUGACUGAGAACCAGGCUGCCUCUGCAUCACGUACCUUUGCUUGCACAAACAACAUGUUUACUGGACAAUCAAAUUAUUUAUAAAGUGGCUAAUGGCCUCUAGAUGAUUGAAAUUCUCCAGAAGAAACGUUGUAACAGUGAGAAGUCCUUGUGUGCAUUUUGCAUGCAAAGCAUUUACGGUGCUGCUUUUAACAUGUCACUGUACACAGGGGCAACAUCUUUCUAACGUCCCUGUCAGUGGCUUCGUUGUCCUGCUCCUGUUAAUGAUGAAGAGGUGCCAGGUCCCAGUGUUCAGCCUGAAAACUGUCCAAAGCCCCUUUCGAACUGCUCACCUUUUGUUGGCCUUGUGAAGGAUGGCCUUUGUGAGAAAACACGUGGAAUGGAAAUUCUUUAAAGCUCAAAACUUUACCUCUGGGUCCAAGAGGAGAACUGGCACUUGAUGUGGCAGUGUGGAAAUGGAUUGAAAGAAUGGGAACAGUCAAGAAAAAAUUGAACUGAUAAGGGGGGGGCGGGAGGCUAGUGAUCUAGUACGUCGGAGAGGGGUGAAGGGAUGUAGUGAUGGGGAGAUAGUGCUAUUGAAGUGGUUUGAAGGUAAGUUCAGGGUGUGCUAAUGAGAGGGAUUUAGAGUUGUACUGAGAUGGAAAUGGAAAUCAGAUAGAAGAACCUGGGAGGAAAUGAGAUUAGGUUUGAAGAAAGUUGUAUGAUUUUUGUGAAACAGAAGCUUAGUGAUGAUCUUGAAUUGUUUUAUUCUUAUAUAAAGCUGAACAAUUUUUUGCUUUGAUAAUCCUGGGGUGCAUUGGCCACAUCAGGGUAAGGUCUGCAGCGUGCCAUCUACACACUCCCUUAGUGCAUGAAUUAAUAUUGAUAUUGUUAUACUUAUAGCAGAAAUAACAACUACAGGGGCCAUUUGUAACAUUGCAAUCCUGUGACCUCCUCACAGGAUGGCUGUUUGGUGGAGUUGCUAUUUUCACGCUUGCAUCUAGAGCUUUAGAUGCCCUCUUCAGGGAUACGCUACUACUGCAGGACCAAGCGUGGGGCACGUGUCUGCUUCCGUCAAAGCUGCGCUGACAUUUAGUGAAUAACUGACAGCUGAGCAAACUUGCAUUUACGUAGCACCUUCCAAUGGCCCAAGGUGCUUUGCAGAAACAUUCUUGGACCAAAUGUUUGACAUUGAGCCAAAGCAGAAGGCGUCAACGACAGACGACCGGAUUCUCGGUCGAAGAGGCAGGCUCAAGGAGGGGAGAGUGAGUGUGAGAGAAGGGGAGAGGUUUAUUGAGGGAGUUUUGGAGUUUGGGGCCUUGCUAGCCGAGCGGGUAGUUUGGGGCAAGGGAAUAGACUAGGGGCCAGAAUUGGAGGAACAUGGAGUAUUGGGAGCAGAGGAGCUUUCAGAGAUAUGCACAAUGUUGGCCAGAUCUGAAAGUAAUUGGCCGAAAAUGAGGAAUUUAGUCAUUUCCAUCUUCCUCUCAUUAUGUUUUGAAGUACAAAAGCUACCAGAAUAAUGUGCCAUUUGGCUGACCUCGCGAGCUAUCAUUCGACUGCAGUAGGCCCUGGAGAUAAGGCUCAGUGCUAUGGUCAUUGACUGCGAACAGAUUCUGUGGAACUAUCACAUGAUCCCAUGACAUGGGGGUCACUUUCCUUAAAGACUGAAUUGCUGAUCUAUUACCAAUUGUGUUCCAGCACCUAGUACAUCCGUAUAACCCAGCAGUGGAUUCAUAACGAUCGCCCACACGAGAACUUAAUUCACAGGCGAUAGAUUUAAAGAUUGCAAGUUUAAUGUUGUUCAUCUGAGAGCAGGCUGUAGGAAUGUAGGCUGCCAGAUUGAAGAAGAUCAGAGUUUACUUUGUUCUUUUUUUGUCAUUCUGGUAGCCACAGGUCAGACAGACAGGCUUUUACACCAGGAAAGCCAUAGGAGGUUUGUGAUGCAGAGGUAGUAAACCUGCCCCUGGUCCAGGUUCAAGUCCCUGCUGUUCCAGAGGUGUGUUGGAAUGGGUUGAUUAAAAUAACUAGAAGGAAUUCUAAAUAUUUAAGGAAGUGGUGCUGAAACCAAUGAUCCAAAGCUAUCCUUUAUUUUUCAUACCCUACCAUCAUGACCCAGAUUACUUCCGUACUGUACAAAACAAAAGAAUGUUAUGUCAAUUGAAAUGAUACUAAUCCUUUCACCAUCUCCCAGUGGAGUUUGUUCCAUCACUCACUCACUGAAAUAUUAUUUCUGCCAAGGAAUCUCCUCUGAUUCCCUGACUCUGAAACGGAUGAUGUUCGCCAGUGCACUGAUCCCGGCAGGGAAACAUGACUUGACACUUGGUUUUGCAAAUGCGGCUAGAUUUUUGCUUAAAAGUGAACUUUGUUGUGAACUUUUUCCAAUAUUUGCAUUGAGUUCAACUUGAGUGCUGUUUAACGGACCACAGUAUGCUUCGAGUAAUUCUGAUUGGCUGAAGGUUGUUGGAAAGAUAGGCAUUGAGAAAAUGAAAUGCUGGAGCCUUGCUAGUUUGUUCAUCUUUUCCAUUACACAUAAAGCAGUUAUAAUGUAAGUGAUGCUGUGUUGUACUUGUGAGUGACAUAUUAUGAGCUAAGAGACUUCAGCAAUCUCACAUCUCCAAUUAAACCAAAGACCCAGGUGAAACAUCAGUGCAUUUCACUUUAUGGGGGAAGCAUUUGUAAUUACUGCUCUCUAGCCAGUCAUAUUGUGUUACUAGCCAAGGGGAGGGCAAGUGUGCAAUAUUGGUUGACACAGUGUUUUUGUUAAAAUGACCGAAAGAUUAAUUUACCAGGAUGUGGUGCUGAAAAUAAAACAAAAAGUUCUAAACAGGACAGGGAAUUCAGCCUUUCAAACCUGCUCUGCCAUAGGCUUAGAUCGCUGCUCAUUUUGACUUUGUCUCGCCACCUCGAGUUUCGAACCUUCAACAGCCUUGAUUCAGCAUCUCCCAAACUAGCUGUGUCUUCAGCCACACCACGAUAUGCUGUUUAGUGUCUGCAGGAGGGGUAGAACUUUACAAUAAUCUCUAAACGGGACCCUGUCGGUGACUGUGUGUUCUCGAGUUUACUGACACCACACUGAACCAGCAGGGUUCAAUCACUUAUGGUAGAGUGCCUUAAAUAAUCGAGACCCUUUUGAUUGCACAUGGUCUCCCUCCCCCUCCUCCGUAAACCUUCAGAUGGAGUUACAUUGAGUGCACAGAUACCAAUCAUGCAGGUUAUUAAGUCUGCGUUGCAGUUAAACUCCAUAUUGUCUGCCUUCACCUUUCUUCAUUAAUGUAUGCCUCUAUGCUUCUUGUUAACUGAGCCUCUUGUUAAAUGCAUUUUUGCUACACACUGCAAUGAAAAUAAAUGGCUACAAGUUCACAGUCUUGCCACUCUGGAUGAAACAGUUUCUCCUGAAUCCUUUUAAGUUGAAGACCUGUACUUUUGUGUCUUCCCCUCUAUUAUCUCUCCAUUUAUCCUAUCAAAGACUUCAAUGAAUUUAAAAGAUUUAUUUUUAGGUCAUCCCUCACUUUUCUCUGCAGCCACCAUUUUAUUCAGGAUUUUCUGACCUCUUGGCUCCAGUAUUAGCUGUAUAAUUGUUUUUACACCUUCUUCAGUGCUUUGACAUUCCUUUUCAUAAUAUAGAUUCUAAAACCAUACUUUAAGGCUACACGACCAAGUCAUGCAGUGAGUUGCUGGGAGUUUAUGUCUGAAUUUUUCCAGCUCUUCAAAAGACCAUGGUCAGACACUGGAGUUUAAUGGGCAGCUGCUGCAAAUGACACAACAAAAACGUGGCGUCUUGCUUAAAAUUUGUUGGUGGCAAAUUUGACGCUCGUUGAAACAGCAAACUAAAGAGUUCUUUCAUCCAGGGUUUGGGGACUAAACUCCCUCAGUGUGGCAAAAUUCAUGUCCGUGUUUGUGAGUGUGUUUUACGAUUUCACUAUGCCUGACUCCCGGAGCACAUCUUUCCUUGUUGAGAUCCUGUCAAGAUCCAGGACAGCCGUAGCUCAAAAGUAUCAUGUUGGCCGUAAUGUGCUUUGGGACAUCCUGGAUGGGGCGCUGUGACAGGUGCCAUGUAAAUGCAAAUUCCUUCCAAUUAUUCUUAAGCGUGUGACAGCAUGUGAUGUAAUUCUCACCACGUUGCCUUUGGGAAUAUUCAUUGGUGAAUGGUGACAGGGCACGGCUCAGUAUGGAGUCAUUUGCUCUGUGCCCACACUGCUGAUCAGUUAAUAUUUUAACGUGCAACUACUGUAUUAAUCCUUUUGGACCAUUUCUAAUGAAUCGCGUUGCAUAAUGAGUCAUUUGGGAACGUGAGGGAUGAUCGCUUGCCUUUAAUUGCAGUGUGUGAGAUUUGACAAAGUCGGAGAAGAAGAAAAGCUUUGGAGACCGCGUGCCCUUGAAGGGGGUGCGGGGUGGGGAGUCUAGUGGACGUUGCUGGUGAGAGACCACCACUAUUGCCUGUUGCUGGGUGCUCUGCUUUAACAGAGGGAGAAGUGGGUAGCCUCCUUGAUGUGGAGAGAUAGUAGGAACUGCAGAUGCUGGAGAAUCUGAGAUAACAAGGUGUGGAGCUGGAUGAACACAG